UUCUGUUAAACAUAGUUGACAUCGUCUAAAUCGAUGUGUAAAAUCUGUAAAUUUCAAAAGUUUUUGUAUUUAAUAGAAAAUAAAAAUUAGUUUGUAUAUUAAACGGAGAUCCAAAAAUAGUUAGUGUAUUUUAUUAGAAAAUGAAAAAUAGUUUGUGUAUUUAAAAAAAAAAAUUAUUUUCAAAAUUUAAACAUGUGUUAAUUAAACAUGAACACCCUCGUCACUGCCGCUAAAUAUAGUUAAUGCCGUCUAAAACUACGUAUAAAACCUGCGAAUUUCAAAAGUUUAUGUAUUUAAUAGGCAACAAAAAUUAGUACUUGUAUUAAACAGGGAUCUAAGAUAGUUUGUGUAUUUUUUUUUGUCGGGGAUUUAUUUAGAUAUUACAAUUAUGAGAAGAUUACAAAGACGAUUCGAUAACCGACAAUACUACCUGCCUUAUGAGGAUCUAUACCUAACUGCAUCAUUGGAGCCGUCUUAUGAAGAUCACGUCUGACCGGAUUUACUUGCACCAUGUUGAGAAACCCUUUUAACUCUUUCUUCCGUAAUCGCAUAAUUGUUAAAUAAAUCGUUUGCUCCGGGAAUUGAAACCUAGAUUUCAUGUGCAAUCUGCAAGAAAUUGCAUGGUCUGGGAUUUGAACCCUAGACCUGAGUAUAGUAGCAUUUAAACCAUCAUCACCAAACUACGAUACUUCCACAAAUAGUUUGUGUAUUUUAUUAGGAAAUAAAAGUUUGUUCGUGUAUUUUUAAGGAAUUUUUCCUUAUUCGUUCAAAAAGGACUCGUUGAGUUAAAUAUGUUAGGUUGAGAGGGCCCCUUAUUCUCAUAGUUAUUAUUACGAAAACAAAGAUUUUAUGUUGAUUAUUUAUCUUUUCACCAAAAAAAAUUGUUAACAAAAAUUAACUAGGAAAAAAAAAGAAGAUGCUUUCCUUUUGUAGCUUUAUGGCAACGUUCUGGGUUUUAAAGUUUAUAGAAUCUCUUUUUUGACACAUACCAAAGAAGAAGAAGAAGCAUUUUCUCACCGUCGCUACUCUAAUCUCUCUCUCUCUCUUUCCCACCGCCGCAACGGCCAUAGGGUUCCGACCACCCCGACGGUGAACUCGUUUGUCGGUUAUCAAAAAGCCGAGAGCAACGAGUUAGUCGAAACUCGAUCUCUUCAGAUCUGCAUUUUGCCCGAAACCGCAUGUCCAAAUAGUUGAACAAACAACAAACAAACAAAGCUUCCGCUCUCACUUCAAGAUUCCUUUCCAGAAGCUACAUUUCCCACAUCCAAUUUCAUCUUCGCUACCUCUAUUGAUAUGGACCGACGAAGCUGGCCUUGGAAGAAAAAGUCUUCUGAUAAAACAACCCUAGUGGUUGAAUCUGCUGCUGAUACCUCUCAUCCUCAAGUUGAAAAGGACGUUGUUAAGAAGCCAAAGUAUGUCCAAAUCUCUGUGGAGCAGUACACACAUCUCACUAGCCUCGAAGAGCAGAUAAAGACAUACGAUGUUCAGAUUAAGUCCUACGAGAGUCAAGUCGAAGCCUACGAGGAGCGAGUCAAAAGCUUCGAGGAACAGAUCGAAGCGUACGAUGACAAGGUUCAGAGUUACGCUGAACAAGUGGAGACUCUGAACGAGGAGAAAGAAGACUUGAGCGAGAAGCUCACUGCUGCUAACGAGGAGAUAGAUACCAAAGAGGCUUUGGUGAAGCAACACUGCAAAGUCGCUGAAGAUGCUGUGGCGGGCUGGGAGAAAGCCGACGCUGAAGCUUUGACGUUGAAGAACACUUUGGAGUCUGUUACUCUCUCGAAGCUCACGGCUGAAGACCGCGCGGCGCAUUUGGACGGUGCGUUGAAAGAGUGUAUGCGUCAGAUACGGAGCUUGAAGAAAGACCAUGAAGCGAAUCUGCAUGAUCUUGCGUUAAGCAGGAGUAAAGAGAUGGAGAAGCUGACGAUGGAGUUUGAGAAGAGGAUCUCUGAGUAUGAGCAGGAGCUGCUAAGGUCUGGAGCGGAUAGCGAUGCCUUAUCAAGAACCUUACAAGAACGGUCCAACAUGUUGGUGAAAAUCAGCGAGGAGAAGGCACGAGCCGAUGCUGAGAUCGAGACACUGAAGAGCAAUCUAGAAAUGUGCGAAAGGGAGAUAAAGUCUCUCAAGUAUGAAGUCCAUGUAGUGACUAGAGAGCUGGAGAUACGCAACGAAGAGAAGAACAUGUGUAUUAGAUCCGCAGAGGUUGCCAACAAGCAGCACUUGGAAGGAGUUAAGAAGAUAGCUAAGCUGGAAGGAGAGUGUCAGAGACUAAGAAGUCUCGUGAGGAAGAAGCUGCCGGGACCAGCUGCGCUUGCUCAAAUGAAGCUUGAGGUUGAGAGCUUAGGAGGAGGCGGAGACACCAGAGUGAAGAGGUCUCCGAGCAAGGCUUCUAGUCCGGGGAAGUCUCCGAGAGGUUAUUCGUCGUCUGGUUCUGAGUUUUCUGUGGAUAGUUCACAGAAGGUUCAGAAAGAGAAUGAGUUUUUAACAGAACGUUUGCUUGCGAUGGAAGAAGAGACAAAGAUGCUUAAAGAAGCCUUGGCAAAGCGGAAUAAUGAGUUGCUGGAGUCACGGAAUGCUUGUGCUCAGAGCAAUAGUAAGCUUCAGAGCUUGGAAGCUCAACUGCAGCAAAUCAAUUCUCAGAAGAGGAGCAAUCCGUCAAGUUCCAUCUCUGUUUCUGAAGAUGGGAAUGAUGAUUCCGGAAGUUGCAGUGGAACUUUGUCCCAACAACAGAGCAAUAAAGAGAAGGAGAUGGCAGCAUUGGUGAGAGUUGAGAGUGUUAGUAGUCAUGUGGAGCUCAUGGAUGAUUUUCUUGAAAUGGAGAAGUUAGCUUGUUUGCCAAAUCAAUCUAGUAUGGAUUCCAAAGACUCUUCAGGUGAUCAAGAGUUAGAAGUUGCGAAUGUUGAGGCUCAUACCGAAGUUAAAGAUUCCGAUAAAGAUAGUCCAGCAGUGAUGGAAUUUAGGUCUAGAUUAUCAAAGGUUCUUGAAUCUGUAUCUGCUGAUACUGACCUAGGGAAGAUUGUCGAAGAUGUAAAACGCAUUUUACAAGAUGUGAAUGCUUGUAUGGACCAGGACAAGCCUUCUGAUGCGCAGGUUCAUCCUGAAGAAGAGGCAGUCAACCAAGAUUUGAAAACAGCUGUUUCUCGGAUUCAUGAGUUUGUUUUGUUGCUAAGAAAAGAGGUAAGGGCAGGUGAGGACACUGUGACCGAAGGAAAUGAUUUCGUCGAACUGAUUGAUGGCUUUUCCAUCACGUACAACCAUGUUUUAAGCGGUCAUCAAAAUUUGGACGACUUUGUAUCGGAUCUUGCUAAUGUUUUCAACGAGGCCAUGGAGCUAAAGGUAACUUUUAAGGGCCUUGCUCCCUCAGAGGUUGAAGUUGUGAGUCCAGAUUGCAUAGACAAAGUUGCAUUGCCGGAGAGCAAGGCUGUAGCCAAAGAAAUAUAUCAAAACGGAUGCGUCAACAACGAGCCAGAGGUUCCCUGUGAUGAGAACAGAGUUUUGAGGUAUGAGUCAGAGUCCACGUUAGAGGAAAUAGAAGAACUGAAAUCAGAAAAGGAAAAGAUGGCAGCGGAUAUAGAGGAGCUGAAGUGUCAGUUACAAGAAUCAGAGAAGAUGUUAGGUGAGAUUAGAUCACAGCUAGAUUCUGCUCAGAGGUCAAACAGCUUGGCCGAUACGCAACUCAGAUGUAUGACUGAGUCAUAUAGAUCACUUGAAACACGCGCAGCUGAUCUAGAGAUUGAUGUGAACCAGCUUAAGGAAAAGGUAAGGAGUUUAGAGGAUGAGCUUGAGGAUGAAAAACGCAACCACCAAGGAGCGAUUAUGAAGUGCCAUGAACUUGAAGAACAUAUUCAAAGAAGUAAGGACACUUCUUUGGUUGCUGUAGAGGACGAAGAAGCUGAUAACAAGACCAAACAGGAGAGAGAGUUAACUGCAGCAGCAGAGAAGUUAGCAGAGUGUCAAGAAACCAUAUUUGUGUUGGGGAAGCAGCUGAAGUCAUUACGGCCACCAGAAAGACAGAGUGAGUCCUAUUCUGAGGAUGAACUAGGCACCAAGAACUAUGCCGUAGACGAAGAAGAUUUAGCUGACAAUUGGGUUAACGAGGUCCCUAGAUCUAUGGAAUCUCCUAAUUGUCCUUCUGACUCAGAGACUAGUGAGUUAAUGACAUCGCCAUCACGAGUGGGUUCAAGGCUCUCAAGGUCAGGCUCAUCUGGUAAUCCGACACCAGAAAAAGCUUCUAGAGGAAUCAGUAGGUUCUUCUCCACCAAAUCAGGAUAUUAGCUUUGAAAUAAAAGAGAGAAGAAGAAGAAGCUGUGUGUAAGUGUAUGACGAAUUGUGAUCAAAUAACUCAAGGAGAAUACUUUCAUGUGGACUCUUUUUAUCAGUUUUACAUUACCCCUUUUUGUCGAACGACGUGUGCAUUUUGAUGUUGGUGUUUUGUUAUUUGAACCAAUCAAGGAAGGAUGUAGCAAUGUGCAUCUUUUACCAACAAAGAAAAAAAUUGUAUUCGAAAAAAUUCUGAACCUUACCCAACUAAAGUGGACAGUGAAAGCAUGUUGAAA